AUGACACUCUUCAACGGCAUUUUUCCCUUCUACUGGCAGGGCAGGAAACCAUUUGUUUUCAAUGUCAGCAUCAUCAUAGUCAUCAUCAUCUUCCUAACAUUAACACUCAGCUUCCUACUCAUCCUGCCUGGGAUCCGUGGCCGAGCGAGGCUGUAUUGGCUGCUCCGGGUCAUUCUUAGCCUGUUUAUCGGGGUGGUGAUUGUUGUUGUUCAGUUCAGUGGGAACUGGGAGACCGGCUGGGUGACAGCGAAAACAUCCUAUAAGUCCUUCAGCAAUGCUGUGGUGAAUGCGGACAUCGGGCUGCACAUCGGCUUGGCGGGAGUCAAUGUCACACUAGUAGGAAACCCAGUGAAUCAGAUCAAUGAAACCAUCAACUACAACGAGCACUUUUCCUGGAGCUUUGGAGAGGACUAUGACCUCAGCUACAGUGAGGGCCUGGAGCGGGGGCUGCCGCGUCCCAUCCUGUACGUGGCAGAAAAGUUCACUCUGAACAGCCCCUGUGGUGUGCAUGCCCAGUACCGCAUUUCCAGCCACUAUGCAUCAGCUACCAUGUGGGUGGCAUUUUGUGCCUGGCUCAUAGCCAACAUGCUCUUCUCCAUGCCUGUCCUUGUCUACGGUGGCUACAUGAUGCUGGUCACUGGGGCCUUUGUGCUCUUCUCGCUACUCUCGUUCUCCACGGUGAGGAACUUCCCAAUGUGUGCCAUCCAGUUUGGACCUGCCUCCUUAGAGACUGUCUACGGGGGAUCCUUCUGGCUCACACUGGCAACAAGCUUGCUUUGUUUCCUGAUUGGGAUGUUCGUGAUUGUGCUGAACUACUGGAGGCCCAAGCAGCUGAAAGCUUUCUUUGAUCUGUGUGAGGAUGAGGAGGAAGGAGGCAAGGAGCUGGGGGAAGUGUACGUCAACCCCCAGCUGGUAGCAGGUGAAGUGUUGGUUCCUCCUUCGGACUUUAGGCUGACUGUCAAGAAUAUAUAGAGGAAACUUCUCCUCCUCCUGCCAGCCCUCCCUUGCUGACACCAGAAACAAGGGAGCAGAACAUCAAGGAGUCCUGACCUUCCCGGUCUCUGUGCUGAGAUCCAGGUCCCACAUCCUCCCACCACCCAAGAAAUCAAUGAGCUUCCUCCCCUCACUUUGCUGGGUUGAGGACUCACCAAGCAGCCUGGAAUGGAAGAUUGUGAUCUCUGGGGAAAGGGAAGGCUUUGAAUCCAGAGUCAGCAAGGACUCUGCACCCAGUUACUGGGAUCAUUGGUGGUGGUGCAGCCAUUUUGAGCCAACUAACCACUCCAGGGACACUGCCUCCUAGGAGGCAUUUCCACUUGCACUCUGGGUCCCUUUGAGGAGUCAGUCUCAACCCUUCUCCCAUGGGACUCGCACUUGAUCUUGGAAGCUGAGCUUCUCAAAUGGAGCGUCUGAGACACCAGGCACUCCAGUCCUGUGAAAUGAUACUGGCAUCCAGUAUCAUGUAUAUCUGACUGAAAAGGCCAGAACUAAUAUGAAGAAUAUUGAAGUUUGUUGGUAUGUUCAAUGAGCAGUUCCCUGGGAGAGAAAUGUCACGUGCAACAGCAGUUGGUCCAUACCAGGGUUUUUCCAGUGAAUGUCGUAUGACCACGGUCUUGCAGAUUAUGACUGGACUGGCACCACUCCUUACAUCAGGGAGUGGAUAGAGAAUAAUGACCCAUGGUGAGAUGUAUAGUGGGUGCCACACUGAGGCAUUGCAAUAACCAGAUGUAGAAGAGCAACUGUGGGGCACAAGGGGUAGGACAAAAGGUAAGCAGCCUGUUUGAAAAAGGCCUUGGUCAUUUCACUAACAGUGGGCCUGAUGCCAAGUGGAGGCCAGACCCAGCACCUAGGGAAGCCAAUGAAGCUGCUGGUGUGUAGCCUGCUUGAGAUCAGGCUCCUUCCACUGUCAAUCCCAUUGUGGAUGUUCACCUGGCACUAACUCAAUUCUCUCCCAGUGACUUCUGUGCUUAACCCUCCUUGUUGGGUUGAUUUUUAUUUAUUUCAUCCUCCCUGGCUGUAUUUUGGAAUCUGUGUGUGCGCACAUGUAUAUGUUGUGCUGAGUUUGUGAUUUUUCAGGGAAGUUUUAUUUAU